GCACGGAUCGCCCCGAUCGGCAUCGACGGCUGCAGGGGCGAGGCUCACCCGGCGCAGGUUCUUACUGUGCAGGCGAAGGAGCUGGAGUUUGCGGCCUCGGGGGCCGCAGUGACGCUCAUCAAGAUCAGGAAAAAGCCGCGCGUGGGCAUCGGCGACGCGUUAGCGCGCCACGCGAGCGAUCUAGACAUCGCGAAGCAAGGGUACUCGCUCUUGGAAACGGACGGCUACGAGGGCGACUGCGUCGUUGAGAUGACCGCGAAGGAGGGCGCAUCGGGAUUUGUUUCGAAGCCAGACGCUUGCCCGAGCUCAGAUGUCUCACUGGCUGCGAGAGGCGUUCGCGCGGACGGCGCGCGCCGCGAGCUGGCCGAAGGGGCAG